ACCUACAUUACAGUAGAACCCAACUCAACACAAGCGAGGGACCAUCUUGUUGAAUCAACACACUACAAGGAAGGACACCAGAUUUUACUAUAAAAUAGAACAGGAUUUUCGACUGACUUGAAACAUCCGGAUAAAAACUACCCAACGGAAAGACCGGCACACCCUGAUUCGUUGACUGGAGGAUUUUAAAGCCGUGUGUAGAGAUGGGAGUGUACAGUUAUACGUGCUGCAACUUUGAAUACAUCUGCAGUGUCAUCGGAGCCUUGCACCUUCUGGAGCUGUUUUUCGGGUUUGUGGUGUGGGUACUGCUGGUUGUGUACGCCUAUUUUGACCUGUCUCUGAUCUCUGUGCUGGGAGAUGCCCAACACUGGGUGGUGCUCGUCGCCGUGACGUGCUGGCUGGUUACCCUCAUCUUUAUCAUCACCCACGCGACCGGACUGUGCAGGAAGUGCGGAUACAACUGGAACCUGGUGGAUUUUAUCUACUCCCUGAUCGCCUUCAUACUGUACUUUGUGGCGGCCAUUGUCCAGACGUGGUCCGUUGCCGACCAGUAUGCACCCAUCUCCGGUUACCAUGACUACUGGAGCGACUGGUACAUCACCUACUCCAUCGCCUGUGCCUUCUCGUGGCUGGUGGCGCUGCUGUACAUCAUCAACGCGUUCGUGAGCUACGUGUACUUCCGCAGCCGCACGGUGGUGUGCUCCAUCCACAACCAGGGGCCGCGCAGGAACGACACGCCCAUCAAGGCACUCAGCCACAAGCGCAACAACGAGGACGAGCCACCACGCAAGGACAACUACUACAACAACCCCCAGGAGCCCAACAACUCCGGCUACUACUACGGCAAGCCGACCGAGACGCCCCGUAACUAUGACAACCGUGACACCCCUCGUACCCAGGACCCUCCCCGCCCGACCAGCCAGGACCCGCGGCCCCCAAGCCAGGGGUACUUCAACAAUCAACCCAACUACGACCCUCCCAAACCGCUGGAGAAACUGCAGCGCCAGGCUUCCCGAGACAGUCUGGAGACCGUCAUGUUCUCAGACAACCCUUAGAUUAGUUCUGGCGUCCUGAAAAUGCAAAUCCAAAACGUACCUGAGGCACAUUUUAGAAUAUUCUAAAAUAUUCCAAAACGUCCCUGAAGCAUAUUUUGAAUGUACCUGAAACACGUUUUCGCAUAUUCCAAAACAUACCUGACCGUCAUGUUCUCAGACAACCCUUAGAUUAGUUCUGGCGCGUCCUGAAAAUGCAAAUCCAAAACGUACCUGAAGCACAUUUUAGACUAUUGCAAAACGUACCUGAAGCAUAUUUUUUAAACUAGCUGAAACACAUUUUCGAAUAUUCCAAAACGUACCUGACCGUCAUGUUCUCAGACAACCCUUAGAUUAGUUCUCAUCUGGCGUUCUGAAGAUGUGUCGCAUUCCAAAACGUACCUUUUCGAAUAUUCCCAUCCAAGACGCACCUAAAGCAUAUUUUCGAAUGUUCCAAAACGUACGUACCUUAAGCAUAUUUUCGAAUCUUAGAUUAGCUGUGGCGUUCUGAAAAUAGGCCGCAUUCCAAAAUGUAACUGAAGCACAUUUUCGAAUAUUCCAAAACGUACCUGAAGCACAUUUUCGAAUAUUCCAAAAACGUACCUGAAGCAUAUUUUCGCAUAUUCCAAAACGUACCUGAAACAUGUUUUCAAAUAUUCCAAAACGUACCUGAAGCAUGUUUUCGAAUAUUCCAA